UCUUGAGUCAGAGCUAGAGAAACUGCAGGCUUGACAGAUGUUGCACAACCAUGGAGAGCCACAGGAAGAGAAGAACGAGGGCAGAGACGGACAGACAGACAAAGAGAGGAGGGAUCUGACUUACAAAGACAAAACGGAGAGAGGAAAAACGUGAGAGGGAACAUGACCUAUUGAAAGAGGAUGUUUGCAUAGAAACAACACAAUCUUGAACAGUGAUCAAGCUGAGCAGGUAAAGAGAAAAAGCGAUAGGCGGGGGUAAGGGGAAGGGUUAGGUUGUGAUACAGAAAGAGAUCCCAAAAAGUGACUGUGCGUUUGGCAGGGGUGAAGAGAGAGUGGACUGUUACUGUAUUCUCAAGAAACCAAAUAGAGAAACUGUAAAAGAAGAGGAAAAAGAUGUUCCACCUUAAAUUCAUGCAAAUUCAACAACUCAUGGACAUCAGGGUUACACUGCUGUUUUAAACCAGCACGCACCUCACCCAUUGGGCAUCAUGUCGACCAGCCCUGGCCUUGGUGCACCUGACCAGAACGGGGGCCCCCAGACCACGGGACCUGUUGGCCUCCAGACCCUGUUGGACCUACUAGUGGGGGUCUAUCAGGAGUUCUACUCCUCACCCUUUGCAAGGGAGAAGUAUGUAUCUCGUUUCCUGCAAUGGGCUGAGCCUCUGGUGAGGCAGGUGAAGAAGACUCGCAUCAAAAGAGAAGACUUUCACAUCCUGAGAGUGAUUGGUCGUGGCACAUUCAGUGAGGUUGCUGUAGCAAGGAUGCAAAGCACACAACAAGUGUACGCUGUGAAGAUUAUGAAUAAGUGGGACAUGCUGAGGCGAGGAGAGACAGCAUGUUACCAGGAGGAGAGGGAGGUUUUACUGAGGGGUGACAGACGCUGGAUCACAGAAUUGCACUAUGCCUUUCAGGAUGACAACUAUCUGUACCUGGUAAUGGAUUAUUACGUAGGAGGGGACCUGCUGUCUCUGCUCAGUAAAUUUGGAGACAGGAUCCCUGAGGACAUGGCUCAGUUCUACCUGGCAGAGAUGGUCAUGGCCAUUGAAUCUGUCCACAAACUGGGUUAUGUGCACAGAGACAUCAAACCUGACAACAUCCUGCUGACAGCUGAUGGACACAUCAGACUUGGGGACUUUGGCUCCUGUCUCAGGCUCUUAGAUGAUGGGAUGGUUCACUCUUCCCUAGCAGUCGGGACCCCUGACUAUUUGUCCCCAGAGAUUUUAAGAGCAGUAGAGGGAGGUGGAGGUUAUGGUCCUGAAUGUGAUUGGUGGGCUUUGGGUAUUUGUGCCUAUGAAAUGCUGCUGGGGACCACACCCUUCUACGCAGAAUCCACCUCUGAAACAUAUGCCAAGAUUAUUCACUUCAAGGAGUAUUUUGAGUUCCCUCCCUCUGGCCCUGAGAUUUCAGAUAAGGCUCAUUCAUUCAUCACUGGGCUCAUCUGUGAGAGGGAAAUCCGUCUAGGGAGAAAAGGCUCCAGUGACUUCAGGAGCCAUCCAUUCUUCUGUGGAAUAGACUGGAAUUCCCUGAAUCAACUCUCUGCACCAUUCCUGCCUGAUGUAUCUAAUGCGACCGACACCUCCAACUUUGACAUUCUAGAUGACUCUCUGAGCGAAAUGGAGACGCUCUCUGGUGUAAUGGAAAGAGCACCAAAGGGAGUACACUUGGCUUUUGUCGGAUAUUCUUACACAGCUACCAGUCAGACGGGUGCCAUCGACCGCAGUCACAACAUCAUGAUGCAGAUUGACCACACAAGGCUCAGGGAGCGUGAGAGACUGUACACACGAGAGAAAGUGAGCCAGCUGUUGCAUCUCACAGAUGCUCUGCCAGACAACCUGCCUGCAUUGCUGAAGCUCCCACUCACUCCAGAGCAAAGUCGUACUGUGUCCACCCAAACCACCACUGAGGAGGAGGAGGGGGAUACUGACAAAAUAUCAGAUCUUGAUGAAGACUUGCAGCGCAGGUUACAGGAAGCACAGAGGACACACUGUGAGUUGAAGAAAGAAAUGCAGAGAUUGAAAUGGGAGAUGCCAGACUGGAAAGUCUCCAAGGAAACAGAGCUGAGUAUCUGUCCAGCAUCUUUUGCUCUGCCUGCCCACUGUAUGGACAUACCAGGGGAUAGGAGGAGAGCGCCCCCAGACUGCCAGUACCCGCUGGUGAUUCCUCUCCACCGUCACCUGCUCCUGUUCCACAGGGUUCACCUGCCACAUGUGACAAGUGAGUCAUACCUGCUAGUGUGUGCCGAAUGGGGGGAGGUCGAGGCCUGGGAGAGACACUGUUACACUGAGGUCUCCUGAGUGCACAGCGAGGUGUCACAUACUGACUUCUCCCAUUCCAACGGCACAAAGUACUAAGCACCUGCUCUAUGCUCAUUCCCCCACACU